AUGUCGAUGAUAGAGCUAUACGUUGAGUUUGAACAGCAUACAGGGAUAGACGUAGUUGGCGAGGAGGUCAAUGUUAAUGAGCUCGGAGAUAUAGAUUGGAAAAAAGAUAACAACGAUAGUGAAGAGGAUUUAGAAGCCAACUAUAAAGUCGAUGAUGAAAACAAUGACGGAGACCUGGAAAGUGAAGGCAAUGUUGCGGCGAAAGAUGGUGAGUUUAGUGUUGGAAUGGAAUUUGAUUUUAGAGAGUCGGUGAUAUUUGCAAUCAAAAGCUACACUAUCUCUAGAGGAGUUGAUUACACUGUGUAUGAGUCUGAGCCACAGACAUUCUAUGCAAAAUACAAUGGUUAUGGUGCAGGGUGCGAUUGGCUUAUCCGAGCUAGCUUGAUUCGAAAGAAAGGUUAUUGGGAGAUCAAGAGAUACAAUGGCAUACACACGUGUACCAUGGGGACAAUUUCACAAUAUCAUGCAAAGUUGGACUCAGGCACAAUUACUGAUGCUAUUAGGCCGUUGGUUGAAGCAGACCCAUCGAUAAAGGUGAAGUCUAUUAUUGCAGAAGUUCAAUCCAAGUUCAACUACACUACAAGUUAUCGCAAGGCUUGGUUGACAAAGAAAAAAUCUAUCGCAAAAGUUUAUGGUGAUUGGAAAGUUUCUUACCAAACUCUACCAGUAUGGUUGAAAGCAAUGAUUGCAAAGAUGCCAAGGUCUCGUGUUCAAAUAAAAAUGCUUCGCGUUUACCGUGAAAAUGAGGAGGUUCAAGGUGUUGAUGGGACACACCUAUAUAGAAAAUAUAAAGGUGCACUUUUAGUUGCGGUUGCACAAGAUAGGAACAUAAACAUUGUGCCUAUUGCAUUUGCGAUAAUCGAAGGUUAUUCUAGGACAGAACAGAAGUACAACAAAAACAACCAAAGGGUUAAAGAGCGGGCUUAG